CCCCAUAAUAAAUUACCCGACCUGCCAUGAGGCGGGUAUCCAUAUGGGUAUCGAGAUACCCACCCCGACCUGCCCAUUGCAAUCCUGCUCUCGAGUUGAUGACACUUCCAUGAAAUAAUUAUUAAAUUAACUAAACGAAAAUUAUUAAAACCGAAAUGCGUUUUCUGACAAUCCACAAGAAGAACUAAUCGCGCUCAUAUUUCGCGUAGUCUGUACACGCGAAGAGCUCCGCUGUUUCCCUCUCGUUUCCCCUUCUUGACCUCGGCGAGCUCUCCUCGGUUUCCCUCUAUCGUCGCAUUGGGCGGUUUCCGUCGGCAUUUAUCCGACUCGCAGUCGGUCGAAUUUGACAUUAGCCGAAUUGAGAUACUCGUUAACGGCCGAGAUCCUUGCCUCUUGCGCUUCGGUAAUUUCCGGUCACGGUAAGGUGGGUUGCUUGUUUGCUAGCUUUCUAAAUCCCUUUCUUCGUUUGUUUCCGAAGAGCAUCUUGUGGAGUAACGAGUUGAUCCUGCUUUCGUUUUGUGUUUAGAGGAAUUUAGGUUUAGGAUUAACGAAUUGCUUUUGUUCAUAAGUAUAUUGUUUUUAUAUCGUAGGUCUUCUUUUCCCUGGUAAACGAACUCGGAGUUUCUGGAGUACAGGAGAAAGAGAGUAGGCGUGAUUUCCAAUUCUCUUAGUGCCUUGGUUAUGCUUGGUUUCUAUGAAUUUGCGAUGUUUACUAUCAUUAGUGCUUUAUGAUCUCGCUCUUCAGUUUCUUGAUUUCAAUUUCGUGUGUUAUUCAAUUUACGAUUGUCGGUAGUAGGCUGUCUGAUAUUAGUAUAAUUGAAUCGGAGGUGUUCUUAAAUCCACCUAAAGCCUCGUAACUUGCAUUAUUGGUCUCUUAUAUUUAGUUUAGUGGAAAUGUAUACAGCCUGUGUUUACUUCUGGAAUCUGUUUUUAUUUUUUAGAGGGGGUACACAGAAUGUAUACGUAGCCUAUCUGCCCCCAUUUUGGAGGUUACUCAGCUUUACGACGUCCCCAUUUUAUCCCUUACUUUGGGUGGUAUUCUGAUAAUGUUAUACUCGUUGAUAGUUUUGAUUUUGAUAAUUCGUUGCAUCAAAUCAAAGGUGACUAAUGGUUGCAAUCAUUUAUGUGUAGGUUCCAGUGUCGUCGGUUUCUUUUGAAGUUCUGGUGCUGUCUGAUUGCUUGUUGGAAGUCAGCUCAGAGCCAGAUAUGAGCUCCCAAACCAGAAGUGAUAGAAGUGACAGAUCUAGAUUACCCUCUCAAACUGUGCGCCAGACUUGGGUUCCCAGAGGACAAGGCCCCUCCACAGUUUCUGUAAAUCUACCUCCUCCAACUUUCAUUUCCAAUAUCGAUGAAGGCACCAGUCAUUCAGCUGUCCCUAAACCAAGACACAGAGGCACCAGUAAUCCAGCUGUUUUGGAUCCACGACAAAGAGGCACCAGUAAUUAUGUUGCUUCUGAACCCAGACCCCGAGGCAUCAGUAAUUCUUCUCGGAAUCAUGUGGGUCGCCCCACAAACCACAGGAGGGAUAAGGAAAGGGAGAAGGGUCAGCCACAAACUUUGAAAGAGUUGAAGUAUGCAAAUAUGCCGCAACUGGUGCAAGAAAUUCAGGAGAAACUUGCAAAGAGCACUGUUGAGUGUAUGAUUUGUUAUGAUAUGGUGCGAAGGUCUGCUCCUAUUUGGUCUUGUUCCAGCUGUUACUCCAUUUUUCAUCUCAAUUGUAUCAAGAGAUGGGCUAGGGCUCCUACUUCCGUCGACUUGUCUGCCGAUAAAAACCAGGGUUUUAACUGGCGCUGCCCGGGCUGCCAGUACGUGCAGCUGACACCAAUGAAAGAGAUUCGUUAUGUUUGCUUUUGUGGGAAAAGAACAGAUCCACCCUCUGAUUUGUACUUGACUCCUCAUUCAUGUGGUGAGCCAUGUGGGAAGCCCCUCGAGAAGCAUUUGCCAGGCACCAACUUAGAGAGUAAUAAUAAGAAUUCUUGCCCUCAUGUCUGUGUGUUGCAGUGCCAUCCAGGUCCAUGCCCACCUUGCAAAUCAUUUGCUCCACAACGCUUGUGCCCUUGUGAGAAGAGCACCAUCACCACUAGGUGCUCUGAACGUCAAUCUGUUCUCACGUGUGGUCAGCGAUGUGAUAAGCUUCUCGAUUGUCAGCGUCAUCGUUGUGAACGGAUUUGUCAUCUUGGUCCUUGUGAUCCGUGCAAAGUUCCGGUUACAGCUUCAUGUUUUUGCAAGAAAAAAGAGGAGGAUAUAUUAUGCGGAGACAUGUCUGUGAAGGGAGAGGUGAAUGUCGAAGGAGGUGUCUUUUCAUGCAAUUUCAUGUGUGAGAAGAUGCUUGCUUGUACUAACCAUGAAUGUACUGAAGUAUGUCAUCCAGGUCCUUGUGGAGAUUGUGAUUUGAUGCCAGGAAGGGUCAAAUCUUGUUAUUGUGGGAAGACGAGCUUGGUGGAGGAAAGGAAGUGUUGCUUGGACCGAAUCCCUAACUGUAUGCAGGUGUGUGGCAAGCUACUUUCCUGUGGGGUUCACAACUGUAGGGACCUGUGCCAUUCUGGAGAUUGCCCUCCUUGUAUGGUUGAUGUCACCCAAAAUUGUUGUUGUGGAUCUUCCUCGAGAACUGCGGCCUGCUACAAAACAUGUGAUAUCAAUGAACAGUUCAAGUGUGACAAGCCUUGCGGACGAAAGAAGAAUUGUGGGAGACAUCGGUGUAGUGAACGUUGCUGCCCUCUUUCUAACAACUCAACUGCUUCUUUCUCUGAGGAUUGGAAUCCACACUUAUGCCAAAUGGCCUGUGGCAAGAAGUUGAGGUGUGGCCUGCAUUCUUGUGAGUCACUAUGUCACAGUGGUCAUUGCCCUCCUUGUCUUGAGACAAUCUUUGUUGAUCUGAGCUGUGCAUGUGGAAGGACUUCAAUCCCUCCCCCCUUGCCCUGUGGUACAACGCUACCAUCAUGUCAACUCCCCUGUUCGGUUCCUCAGCCUUGUGGUCAUGCGGCUUCUCAUAACUGCCACCAUGGAGACUGUCCGCCUUGUUCUGUCCCUAUUGCAAAGGAGUGUGUUGGUGGACAUGUGUUUCUCAAAAAUAUACCUUGUGGUUCGAAAAAUAUAAGGUGCAACAAGCUCUGUGGUAAAACUAGGCAGUGUGGUCUUCAUGCAUGCGGGCGGACUUGUCAUCCAGCACCGUGCGACUCUUCACCUUCCUUUCAAGUAGAGGCAGGGAGAGCUUCUUGUCGCCAGAUAUGUGGGGCCCCCAGAAGGGACUGUAGGCAUACUUGUGCUGCACUUUGUCAUCCUGCUGUUCCUUGCCCCGAUGUCAGAUGUGAGUUUCCAGUCACAAUUACUUGCUCAUGUGGCAGGAUAACAGCCAGUGUUCCUUGUGAUGCUGGAGGGACAAGUGGUGGUUUCAGUGCUGAUACAGUUUUUGAAGCUUCAGUAGCCCAGAAGCUACCAGCACCACUUCAGCAAGUGGAAUCAACAACUGGUAGUAAGAAGAUUCCACUUAGCCAAAGGAAGCUUACUUGUGAUGAAGAAUGUGCCAAGUCAGAACGUAAGAAGGUUCUUGCUGAUGCUUUUGACAUUAAUGCCCCCAACUUGGAUGCUCUUCAUUUUGGCGAAAACUCGGCUGUUACUGAGUUGCUUUUGGAUUUAUAUAGGCGUGAUCCAAAAUGGGUUCUUGCUGUCGAAGAGAGGUGCAAGUGCCUUGUCCUUGGUAAGCACAGGGGGGUAACUGUGGGUGGUGGUCUCAAGGUUCAUGUCUUCUGCCCGAUGCUGAAGGACAAGAGAGAUGCAAUUAGGCUGAUUGCGGAGAGGUGGAAGCUAGCAAUCCAUGCUGCUGGGUGGGAACCCAAGCGAUUUGUUGUUCUUCAUGCAACUCCCAAGUCCAGACCACCACAACGUGUGAUUUGUGUCAAAGGGGUGACUGCUGCCACAAGUCUGCACCCACUUGCUUUUGAUGCCCUUGUUGACAUGGAUCCCAGGCUCAUUGUUUCUUUCCUUGAUUUGCCUAGGGAGUCGGACAUAAGCUCUUUGGUGCUUAGAUUUGGCGGGGAGUGUGAGCUGAUAUGGUUGAAUGAUAAGAAUGCUUUGGCAGUUUUCAAUGAUCCUGCUCGUGCAGCAACCGCCCUUAGGAGGUUGGAUCAUGCGUCUGCUUAUCAUGGUGUCGUCGUGAUUCUUCAGAACAAUGGUGCAGCAGCUAAUGCAUGGAGUACCCCUAAGGAUGGAGUGAAUGCAGCAAUGAAGGGAAAUAAUGCAUGGAAAAAGGCUGUUGGUGAAGAUGUUUGGGGUGGUGAAGAGCAGCCUAGCGGAUCCAGUGAUUCUUCUCCUUGGAAACAAAAGGAAGCUACUUCUGCAAUUACUGCUUCGGUUAAUCGCUGGAGCAUUCUAGACACUGAGACGGCUUCCAGCACUAUUGCUGCUGCUUCAUCAGUGGUUAGAAUUGAGGAUCGAGGUGGGGCUUGUCUUGAUUCAGUAGUAAUAAGACCUUCGUCCGAGCAGCUGGAAGUGGCAGAUGACUGGGAGAAAGCUUUUGACUUGGACCACAAUACGCAACAGGGGUAACAGGUGUGUGAUCAAAGAACAUCAACUAAAGUUGCUGUCUUCUCCUGCAGUAACGGUAUGCAUUGUUUUCUUCUUCUUGAUAAGAGAAUACCUGCAGGCCUUGAGUUGCCUGUCCUAGACGAUAUCUGGACACCUAAUUUUAAGUAGCUUUAAAUUCAUUGUACCAGGCAAAUCUUAUUCUCUAAUUGUCAUAUUUCUGUAUCAAUAAUGAGGCAGACAGAGUUUGACUUCUCUUUGUUUUUUUUUUUCCUGGUUUAAUUUAUUAAUUUUCUCCCGCGUUCUCUGCGUGAGAGAAUAGGAAGAAGGUAUUCUUAAUUGAGACACUCACUAUUAGAUUGCAUUCAAGCACUCACACACUGUAAUUUCAUGAAUCUAGUGCGGAUUUCAGUAUGCAUUGAGAUGGGUUACCUCUUAAGGUUCAGGAGUUCUGUCUAUAUCCAGGUUGUAGCGCAUUGCAUAACUCAUGCUUGUGAACUUCUUGGGGUAGUCGUGGUUAGAAUGAAUUCUGCAUUUCCUUUAGGCUCUUGGCUUUUCUUUGUUGAACGUAUCACUCGUGAACUAUUUUGGGUGAUUAGACUUGAGGCACAAAAACACUUAAUUGGUAAGGGUUUGAGGAAAUAGAGAGGACAAAGGUUGGCUAUACAAAUUUGUUCUCUUUCUGAGUGCGACCUUAUUGGCCAUCAACUCCGUGCCAGAGGAAUAUAUUGUUGCAUUGGGAUUCAGCUCGUAGUGGUGAAUGGCUCAUGGUUGCGUUAUUGCAUAGAAUAGAAGUUCUUUCCUGCUGUAUCUGUAUCUAACAUGUUCACUUUUUGGGCAGUCGGAGGUCUCUGUCAAUCACUGUUGGAAUUCUUGGAUUCAAGGGCUUGAUAGGAUUUGUUUUCUAUUUCCUUAUCAUGGCUGUAACUUCUGUUGAACCCACAGCCGAAGCAACGUGUUCCAUUCACUCCUACUUUGACUCAGGGAACUGAGUCGUGGUUUGAAGGCCCUCUUUUGGUGUGCUUCUCUUAUUUGCCACUUUACAUCUUUCAGCUUCUUCUUUUUUUCCUUAAUGAGGUCUUAGGAGAGAAUUUUGCUGAUCUUCGUUUAUCCCAUGGAUAAGGCUUUGACCUCUAGUUUUUAUGGAUUAGUCACGGUAAUGUCUGCAUGGUGCGUAAUUAGCCGAGUUAAGAAAUUCCUGCAGUAUUAAAUCGAUAUCCGUACAGACCUAGCAACAAACUUCUAUGUCGGUAGGAAAGUAACUUUGCCCAUUUUUCAGCUUUUACCUUACAUCUCUAUUAAUGACCAACAGCUGGUUCUGGUUUUGUGACUUCAGGAGCUCAACAGCACUUUUAUGUUCUUCUGUGCCAUCUUUCUUGCUCUUCUGGACAUAUUUUUCCACACAUUAGAAAUAUGGUUUCUUAUUUAUUUACCAGUUAUAGAUAGUUGGAAUACUACUCAAAUAUAAAAUCCUGUUUGCUCAUGUUUCAGCUUUUGAUUAGCCAUACACUGUCUUCUAGCCGGCCCUCCCAUUUUGUUGAACUUCAUGCUUGCUAAGUCCGAUGUGUUGUAGCAAGUACAGAGUGUGAUAUACGAGCGAUGCUUACUGUGGGUUUUUUUUUUAUAUAAUCUGAAUCAUGUUUUUUGUUGUUUCUACAGGAGGUAUGACUCUUCAAAUUCACAAGUUCGUAGGCGGAUUGGCUUUCUACCCAGCUAAAAUAAUAAGAGACUGCUGCACAACAUAAUAACUGCAGCAGUUCUUUCCAGUGUUCUGUGCUCUCCGGCUUUUAUAAUGGAUACUUCCGUAGUUGAUGGUAAGAAAUGGCUAUCGUUGAUGAGUAUGUUUUUGUCCUUGGGGUACACUGACUGCUAGUUCUGGUUUCUUUGCUUCAAGUGCUGAGAAUCUGAGCUGGUAAAAAGAAUGAGGAUCCCUGACGCCGAGUCAGUCAGGCUGCUGCUUGAACGAUUUCAUAGCUUCAUACAGUUAUCAAAGUGACUAAUAUGAGAAAAUGAUAGGAAAUUUUUUAUUUCACAACCAAUUGAGUGUCUUUUAACUUUUUGUUUAUGUUAUACCUUUGCUUGGUUCAAAUGGAUAGGAAAAAAUUAAGCCAGUAACCUGAUCCAUGAGGCGGUGGGUGCCUAACCAGUAAGCUAUUUCUGCAGGUUCAAUUGGUUAAAUCAGUUUGGUAGACAGAAAACUAGUUAAUUUCAUUCGGUAAAAAUGGAUUGUAAAUGGCAAGAACUUGUGAAUUUGAGAGUUUGGGUUAUUAUGUUGUGCAGCAGAGGGAUUGUAAAUCGUAAGAAAGGAAAGAGCGAAGAGGAAACUAGAAAGGAAAGAGCAAAGAGGAAACUAAAAAGGCAAGUGGUGAGUGAAAUUCCCACCAUCUCUGCAAUCUCUCUCCUCUUGAGAGAGUGCAUCUUUGGGGAGUGGUGAUUACUGAGUAGUGACGGAAACCAAUGAGUGAAAAAAGCAGGCCUAGAGAAUCUGAAAGGCUAAACGUCGCCCUAGUUUUUAUUAUUUAUCGCCCUAAUUUAAACAUGAAAGUACGUAACUGUCCAACAAAAUAAAUGAAAAUCAAAGCG